AGGAGAGCCAACAGCAGCAGCAGUGACACACCAGAUCCACCCAUCACUGUUGUUCAAGUCUCUACCACAAGUGCUGAGAGGAUAAAAUGGGAUCAGUAGGAAUCACUGGCAAGGAGUAAUAAUGUAUCAGGUACCGUGAUGACUGGCUACCUAACCUGGAUGACAGUGGCGGUGCUGCUGGUCGCUGUCUCUUCCAUACCAAUACCUUCUCAAUCUCAUGUCACUGGAACAACAAAUGUGGAGAAUUUACUUCCAGGAAAUCAUGAUGACACCAGACCAGCCAAGGAAAUACUGAUUUGGGAUGACUCAGACAUCGACGAGAAGAGUUCGUCAGAGAAAUUUGGUGUCAGAAGCAUGGAAGUGAUCCGGACCAAACGUAGAGUUGGGGCUCGACCCAGGGCAGGGCGGAUAAAAAUUAAAAAGGAAAGGCUUCGGAAAAGCCGGCAAUAGUUAAUGUCGUGACUGUUUCCAACAUAAAGACGAUCUUUCACGGCUGAACUGAGUCAUCAGGAAGCCAUCUUCCGUAUUUCAAGACUGUGAAUUCAUGAAUUACUUAUAUAACUUGUGUUUAAUAUGAAGUAAAAUUUUAUGAGCAGGUAUGUCUACUAACUGAUGCUCUUAACUAAGAGCAGGUAUGUCUACUAACUGAUGCUCUUAACACAGUUACUCUCAAACAGUGAGGCGCGGCAGACAUGGAAGCCUGACUGGGCUUCCAUAUUAGCCACGAGCUUCUAGUCUUAGAUAAGGCUUUCAUUCUCAUAACUUGAUGGCGUCAUAAAUGUACACAUACUACUCGGGUUAUAAUUUUUGUACAAGUUACAUUUACAUGGAUAAACUGAGACUCGCAUUAUGAAGUCUUGUACAUUAAAUCUUUGUUAUGCUGAUAUUUUUGUUCCCAUAAUACAAUGAAUUAUUUUAUUUAUUGAAAAACCAAUAAAUGUAAAAUGAAAUGUAGUUUU